AUGGGCUCACUUGGAAGCUUCCUCAUAAUCUACGUGCUCGGAGGGCUUACCUUCGUCCCGUUGGUUAUCUCAUUGGUCCUGCUCUAUGCUUAUUUGACCCUUCCAGAUGUUCUGCCUUUGCAGCAGACAUCUACAGGGGCUUCCGAUGUACUCCGCCGGCCUACCGAUGAUGAAUUCAACUUGAAGUCUGGGACAGAUCACCUAGCAGAGGAAUUUCACCGGGUACACGACUCAGAUGUUGCCGCCGGAUACUUUGCAGUUUGUCGGGAAUAUGUGCCUGGAGGGGUGAAUGGGAGACCACCGGAGAGAACGACCCCAACUGGAGAUGUUGUUGCGGCUGAAAGCCCCAGUGUCUACCAAGCUAUGUACCGCAGUUUAUUUGAUCGAAAACAAGCCCCUAGCAUUGAACCGGCAAAAUCAAAUGGGAAGAAUACCAAAAGGGCUCGGAAUGUCUUUUAUAUUGUCCUCCGACAUGGCCACUUGAUGUUAUAUGAUGAUUUAAAUCAAGUGGAAGUGCGGUACGUGAUCUCACUAGCUCAUCAUGAUGUGUCCGUACAUGGCGGGGAAGGCGAGAUACCUGAGGGUGAACUGUGGAUAAAGAGGAAUGCUAUCUGUCUUUCGAGGCGCCUAGAUUCCCUUGGAGACCUAGGUGGUCCAACUCCUCCAUUCUACCUUUUCUCUGAGAACUUAUCUGAGAAAGAGGACUUCUAUUUUGCUAUGCUUCAGAACCAGUCCAGAAUGCGGGACUCCCCAGAACGUCCUCCUAAAUACCAGACAUUUGAUGUGAAACAUAUCGUCACACUGGUUCAGCGUCUCCACUCCUCAGAGGAACAGCUGCAGACUCGAUGGAUCAAUGCUUUUCUUGGACGAUUAUUCCUUGCUCUUUACCGGACUCCCCAGGUGGAGCAAUUCAUUCGGAGCAAAAUCACGAAGAAAAUCUCUCGCGUGAACAAGCCAAAUUUCAUUAGUAAGGUUGGGCUACAGAAAAUUGAUAUGGGCGAAGGGGCUCCUUUCAUCACGAACCCACGGCUCAAAGAUCUGACCGCGGACGGCAAUUGUUGUGUCGAGGCAGACCUCCAAUACUCAGGAAAUUUCCGUAUCGAAAUAUCAGCCACUGUCCGAAUUGACCUUGGCCCUCGAUUUAAGGCCCGGGAGGUUGAUAUUGUGCUGGCCGUUGUCCUCAAGAAGUUAGAGGGUCACCUUCUGGUUCGCUUCAAGCCGCCACCGAGCAACCGAUUCUGGAUGUCCUUUGAAAGUAUGCCCAGAAUGUCAAUGGAAAUCCAGCCUGUUGUCAGCUCCAAGCAAGUCACAUUCAGUCCUAUUUUACGAACAAUUGAGAGCAAAAUCCGUGAGAUGGUCGCUGAGAGCAUCGUUCUCCCUUUUUGGGAUGAUGUUCCUUUCUUUGAUACUAUGGGCCAGAUAUUUCGAGGGGGCAUCUGGCAACAAGAGGUGUCUCAAUCCAUUCCUGAGGCCCAUAUACCAGAUGAGUCUGUUGAACUCGCGUCAAUCCCGAACCAAGGCCCCGUUGAUUCGGUUGAGAUACUGCAACCUAAAGAUAUUCGGGCCCUGAGUAUGCCUGUCCUUGCUGAGGCCGGCUCCUCUCAGGUGAAAUUGCGCAGGAGCCUGAAGUCCUUAUCAUCAGAUAUGCACACCGGUUCUACGACAGCCACGUCUACAGACAUAGAGAGGCCCAAUAAUACUUCGAUGCCUCGUUCCAUUCGAUCACAGACAUUUUCUCACGCAGCGGAUCCUGUAGUGACGGCAGACAAUGCCAGAUUCAACAAGGAGGCAUUUGGGAUCAGGGAUGAUACUAAAGUUAGUGCAACCAGCGCUAUGAUUGAGAUCUCAAGUUGUUCCCCACCUACAUCCCCGCUACACACCCCGAAGAAUUCGCCUCCUGCCGGUAGUUUUAUGAUGCCUGAGAGUGUCAGCCAUAGUCGGGGAUCUUCGACUGCAGAAUCUUUGGACGGGUUGAGCUUCACUCACAAUCAGUCUGUCGAAAGUCCUUCAUCAGCUCAACCCGAUAGCUACCCAGUUUCUGAUAUGCGAAUAUCUCAAGCUAGUUCUACUACCUCACUUCAUAGCGAGAAACCGCGUCGACGAAGCACCAUGGAGACUCUGACCAAGUCACUCACGAAUAGCUUGGACGACAAAGCUGGUAAUAUAACUAUCGGAUCAGCCACCACGGCUGCAAAGAAAUGGAGCUGGAGUGUCUUCAGCAAAAACGAGAUUAGCCCGAAUCAAGAAAAGACCCGACUUCAUGCUGGUAGCCCUGAUCAACCCAUCGGGCGUGGGCAUCCGCAUCCACCGCCGGGGGCUCCCUUGCCUCGCCCAGACAAAUAUGCCCUGAAGAGAAACUCGAACUCGGGUACAAUACCCAGGCGAAAACCCAUUGAGCCUGCCCCCCCUUGA